CGAACAUUCCAGCACCCGUCACCGCCGCUGCCUGCCACAUCCACUACAAAGUCUCGUGAAAGCAGAGACUCUGCGCAACACCGCUACCUGCCACCUUCCACCUCCGCAACGUCCAUCUACUAAAUUACGAACAAUCACCUCUCGGACCAAAGCGCGCGGCCAAUAACACAGCAGACAAGAUGAACGUACAGCUCUACGUGUACGACCUUUCGGUCUUGCACGUAGCAUGUCACAGCAGUUCCUCGGAAUCCAGAUCGAUGCAGUAUACCACACCUCCAUUGUUAUCGAAGGCAUAGAAUACUUCUAUGGUGGAGGUGUGCAAACAUGUCGAGCCGGUACCACACACCAUGGUCGACCUUUGGAGGUCAUCAAGCUUGGACAGACGUCACUGCCACUCGAGGUCAUUCUAGAGUACCUUGAGUCUCUGAAGACGAUAUACACUGCGGAAGCCUAUGAUCUUUUUCUGCAUAAUUGCAACAACUUCUCGAACGACUUCGCCAUGUUCCUCGUCGGCAAGAGUAUACCUGUGCACAUCACAAGCCUGCCGCAAGACGUCCUCAACACACCUUUUGGCCAGAUGCUCAGGCCGCAGCUUGAUGCUAUGAUGCGACCUAUUACGCAAGCACCCACACCACAGCCUCUACAGCCCAAGCCGCCAGCACAAGCGCAACCCGCCGCGAACAUGAACAACGGAGUUGCAAGCAAUGGGUCCACAAACAACGGCAAUGGCACAACGCUUGCAGCAUCUACAGGGCGCGUCAAUAACGUUACGACGAUCAAGGAGGUGGAUCGCAUCCUAGAGCUCGGUAAUGAUCGCUGCGCGAUCAUCUUCUUUACGAGUGCAACCUGCGGUCCAUGCAAGCUCGUCUACCAGCCCUAUGAUGAUCUCGCUGCAGAAGCAGGCUCGAAGUGUGUCUUCAUCAAGAUCGAUUUCACGCGCGCAGACGGCUCCAUAAACACACGCUACCCGAAUGUCAGAGCAACACCAACUUUCAUCACCUACAGCAAAGGUGCAAAGCAGGAUGAGUGGAGCGGUGCCGACCCGCGACAGCUGCGCACUAACGUCGAGUCGCUCUUAAACGCCACAUUCCCCCCACACCCGCAUCUUUCGCAAAGCACACCAUAUCUGCUUCGCCAGAGUCAGCGGCCUAUCACCUUCACAAAGGUUCCACCGCUGGAAAAAGUGGUUGCAAAGAUGAGAGAUACUGGCAAAGACCCUGCGGUUUCGACCAUCGUCUCCUUUAUCAACGCUCGCGAGAAGUCUGGGGCAAAGGAGGCACCUUUGACACAACUGCCGCAAUUUGCUGGGUUCCUGAGGAAGAGCACAGCACAGCUUCCCGCAGAAUUACUCUUCACAGCAUAUGAUUUACUGAGAGUCGCACUCACAGAUGUCCGUGUUGCCGGAUUCUUUGCCGAGGAGCACAAAGGUGUCACUGGCACGCCAGCAACUGUUUACCACCUGCUCAGUCACGUUGAUGGGCUGGGCGACACGGCGCCAUACCCACUUCGCCUCACCACAUUGCAUCUCGCCUGCAACCUCUUCACUUCACCGCUCUUUGUGCCUCACCUUCUCUCAGCACCACUAUCCUCAGCACUCAUCUCAAUCCUCGCAACUUCGCUGCUCGACGACAAGCAUCCAGCGCUAAAAGCAUCAGCGCUGAGUUUGGCUCUGAACCUCGCCUCUUCGAAUCACCAAGUCCGCAUGAAGAUGUAUGGUAGCAACGUCGUACAUACCCUUUCCAAUGCGUCUGAGCUUCAGGACUCUGAGCAGACCGAGCUGCUCGCUUCCUUGCUCGAAACACUGGGUGCAGAGGACGAGUGGAGCGCGAACAAGAAGAUGGCCCUCAUCGCUACAGGCUGGCUUGCGUAUGGUGCAGAUAUGGACGGCGAACUGAGAGGUCUAUGUUGUGUCAUGGACGCUGCUGGCACGGUAGGCAGGAUUUCAGCCAAGGCUGCCGAGGACAGGAUGUUGGUGAAGGAGGUGCAGAAGCUUUUGGAAAUAUAGAUCAUUAGAGCGUAGAUAGAUACCCCGGCAUUGCAAAUCGACAAUUCUGUUCCAUUUGGUGCUCAACUUUG